GGCACUGUGAGAGCGAAAGUGCGCAGGCGCAGAUUGCUGACCAGUGGCCGAAGGUGGAUAUUCUCCAGCCCUAAUAAAUUGGAAGCUGGGGAAGGAAAGAGAUGUCUGUAGUCAGGGACAAGAAGAAGCUGACAUGACUGGUACUGCUAAAAUUUAGUGAAUCACCCCUUUUCUAAAGAGAAACCCAAAGGAAAGACGUCUUUUGCAAAUCUCAAAACCAUGGCUCAGGGAUCAGUGUCAUUCAAAGAUGUGACUGUGGACUUUAGUCAGGAGGAGUGGCAACACCUAGACCCAGAUCAGAAGACUCUUUAUAUGGAUGUGAUGUUAGAAAACUACUGCCACCUCAUCUCUGUGGGAUGUCACAUGACCAAGCCUGAUGUGAUCCUCAAGUUGGAACGAGGAGAAGAGCCGUGGACAUCAUUUGUAGGUCAUACCUAUUUGGAAGAAGACUGGAAAGCUCAAGACUUUCUAGUGAAAUUCAAGGAACACCAAGAUAAGUACUCUAGAUCAGUUGUACAAAUCAACCACAGAAAACUGAUUAAGGAGAAGAGUGACGUAUAUGAAAAAACACUUAUUUUAGGCAAAAACUCUGUUAAUUCGAAAAAUCUACCUCCUGAAUAUGACACUAAUGGAAAGAUCUUGAAAAAUGUUUCAGAGCUAAUUAUCAGUAAUCUAAGUCCUGCAAGAAAGAGACUUAUUGAAUAUAAUGGAUGUGGGAAAUCACUCCUUAAUACUAAGCCAGAGACUGCUCAUCCUGAAGUCAAAUCCCAUAGUCAAGGUGGUAGGGCUUUCACUCAUAAUGAAGUACUUAUGCAGUAUCAGAAGAUGGAAACUCCAGCACAGUCGUUUGGACAUGACUGUGAGAAAUCAUUUCUUAAAAAAGGAGGCUUAAUUACACAUAAUAGAGCUUACAGAGGGGAAAGCCCAUCAGUAUAUAAUAAAAAGAGAAGAGCAACCAAUAUUGAAAAAAAACAUACAUGCAUUGAAUGUGGGAAAUCCUUUUGCAGGAAGUCUGUAUUGAUUCUGCAUCAGGGAAUUCACACAGAGGAAAAACCCUAUCAAUGUCAUCAAUGUGGAAAUGCAUUUAGAAGAAAGUCUUAUCUCAUUGAUCACCAAAGAACUCAUACAGGAGAGAAACCCUUUGUUUGUAAUGAAUGUGGUAAGUCCUUCCGCCUAAAGACUGCCCUUACUGAUCAUCAGAGGACACAUACAGGGGAGAAGUCAUAUGAAUGCCCACAGUGUAGGAAUGCCUUCAGAUUGAAGUCACACCUUAUUCGUCAUCAGAGAACUCACACAGGAGAGAAACCAUAUGAGUGUAAUGACUGUGGAAAGUCCUUCCGCCAGAAGACAACACUUUCUCUACAUCAGAGAAUUCACACAGGGGAGAAACCCUAUAUUUGUAAAGAAUGUGGGAAGUCCUUUCACCAAAAGGCAAACCUUACUGUACAUCAGAGAACUCAUACAGGGGAGAAGCCCUAUAUUUGUAAUGAAUGUGGGAAAUCCUUCUCCCAGAAGACAACCCUUGCUCUUCAUGAGAAAACUCAUAAUGAGGAGAAACCCUAUAUUUGUAAUGAAUGUGGGAAGUCCUUCCGCCAGAAGACAACCCUUGUAGCACAUCAAAGAACACAUACAGGGGAAAAAUCUUACGAAUGUCCUCACUGUGGGAAGGCCUUUAGAAUGAAGUCAUACCUCAUUGAUCAUCACAGAACUCAUACAGGAGAGAAACCAUAUGAAUGUAAUGAAUGUGGGAAAUCGUUUAGUCAGAAGACAAAUCUCAAUCUGCAUCAGAGAAUUCAUACAGGAGAGAAACCCUAUAUCUGUAAUGAAUGUGGGAAGUCCUUUCGCCAAAAAGCAACCCUCACUGUACAUCAGAAAAUACAUACAGGGCAAAAAUCCUAUGAAUGUCCUCAGUGUGGGAAAGCUUUUAGCAGGAAGUCCUAUCUCAUUCAUCAUCAAAGAACUCAUACGGGAGAGAAACCAUAUAAGUGUAAUGAAUGUGGAAAGUGUUUUCGCCAGAAGACAAAUCUCAUUGUGCACCAGAGAACUCACACAGGAGAGAAACCCUAUGUUUGUAGUGAGUGUGGUAAGUCUUUCAGUUAUAAAAGAAACCUCAUUGUACAUCAGAGAACUCACAGGGGAGAAAACAUAGAAAUGCAAUAAAUGAUGUGAUUUCUUUGGGAAGGCUUUCCAAGUUAUUGCACAUCUUUACUUAAAGAAAAGCAUGCUGAAAUAUUAAUGUAAUUUUAAUCAUAGAUAUAACCGUAGUUCUUGUGCCCUACUACAUAUCUAUUUGUCUUCUGUUUACUAGCAUACAAAAUGGAUAUGAUCAUUAUUGAACUGUAUCCACUUUGAAGGUAAUUUUUAGUUUUCAACUGCUGACUUAAAUAGUUUAUUUUUUUAAAUACUUACAUAAUAUAAUACAUGCAGAGGCAAGAAACAAAAUUGUUCUGUCAGUUUCCAUAAGAGAAAAUAAUCUAUGAACUAUAUUUCUCAUUGUAUUCUGUGUAACAGAAAGUUGUCACUUCCCCAAAUAUUACCACUUGCUGGGCUUAUAACAUCAUAAAGUAGUUUUUUGCAUGUUUUUAAACUUUAUAUAUAAAUUUUUAAUCAUACAUCAUGAAUUACUUUGUCUCUUGCUUGUUUGAGAUUUGUACAUUAUUGCAUGUAGCAGUAGUGUAUUCACUUUUGUUUCAUAUACUAU